AGUUCAGCAACAUUCUUUUCCUCCUUUGUUUCGUUUAUUUUUUUUUUGUACAGCGAAGAUUUUAUUUCUUCGAUAAAGUAAAGAUGGCCGACGAUGCAGAGAAGAGGUUCAUUCGAUCAUGGACAAGCUCUUUCAAACCCUUCCUCCUCCAGUCCACCGCCACCGCCCCGGGAACAGGCUUGGGAAGACAAGGACAACUAUUACGAGCAAAGAAAGCCGAAUCCAUCGUAUGAUUUAGCAGCGGAAGAGAAGCAGCAUUGCUUAGUUGCGAGUGAAUCUCCAAAUUGCAGACCAUGGGAUAGAGGAGAUUUUCUCAGGAGGUUAUCAACUUUCAAAUCCAUGACCUGGUUUGCCAAGCCCAAGGUGGCAAGUGCUUUGUUAAUUGUGCCACGAUAG